AGCCGUUCGUCUGCUCGUACAGACUUCACAAUAACAAACAUUCAUGUGGGGUUCAAAAUAAUAAAUUAUAUAUAGGAGUUUAUUAAAUAUGCCUGUUACAAAUAUCACUAUUUAUCCUAAGUCACUUAUCGGUGCUAUUGAGGCACAUCCAAUAAUUUGGGACAAAUCACUUGAUAAUCAUGAUAGAAAUAAAAGUAGGAGAGCAUGGGAUGAAAUUUGCCUGAAGCUUAACGCGGAUUAUGAAAAGUAUGAUGAGAAAUCGAAGGAACAAUUUGCGCGACUUAUCCAAAAAAAAUGGACAAACAUCAGAGAUUCCUAUCUAAGAUCCUUAAGAAAGCGACGGUUUUGCAAAACAAUGAAACCGUACACAUUCGCAAAAUAUUUGAAAUUUUUUAAUAAGACAGUGAAUUUCCCAAUUAUUGAAGAUUCCUCAUCUAAUUCCUCAUACGCCAACGACGAUAUGAAUUUCGUGGAAAUUCCAUCAAAGAGUUGCUCUAAUAGUGGAGAUGACGAUGGUGCUGAAUCUGAUAAUCCAGAACCAAAAAGGAAUAAAUUAAUAUUAGAAGAAGGAAAUAGUAGUAGACAAAUAUUGGAACAAACUGCUAAAAUACUGCAGAGGAAGAUGGAAGAAGAUGGUCAGCCUAAAGGAGCAGUUAUACCUUCAAAUCUCUUGGAAAUUGCAAACGACAGGCACAUCUUGUUUUUUAGGGGAAUUUUGCCUUCCUUGCAUUCGCUUACAGAAGAUGAGAUCAUUGAAUUGCAAAUGGGUGUUUUGGAACUUAUUAUAAAUAUGAAGAAAAAUCGGACUCAAACAUAAUUUUCUUUUCUUUUUUUAA